CUGGGUCCGCUCUGCCAUUCCUGAACUGGUCCGGGUCCCCGUGACCGCGGCUUCAGGGAAGCGAACUGUUAGGCGAAGGAGGAGGCAGUCAGAGCCAUAUCCCCUUCAUCCCCGGGGCGGGGGCCGGGCCUGGCCGGCUAAGGCGGGGGAGGGCCGGGAGGGCGCCGGGCCGGGCCGGCCUAUCUGCCGAGAUGGAUGACAGCAAGGUGGUUGGAGGCAAGGUGAAGAAGCCUGGGAAACGAGGACGGAAGCCGGCCAAAAUUGACCUGAAAGCAAAGCUGGAGCGGAGCCGGCAGAGUGCCAGGGAGUGCCGGGCCAGGAAGAAGCUGAGAUACCAGUACCUGGAGGAGCUGGUGUCCAGUCGGGAGAGAGCUAUCUGUGCACUCCGGGAGGAACUGGAAAUGUACAAGCAGUGGUGCAUGGCAAUGGACCAAGGGAAAAUCCCGUCUGAAAUAAGGGCCCUUCUCACUGGAGAGGAGCAGAACAAGUCUCAGCAGAACUCAAGCAGGCAUCCCAAAGCUGGGAAGACAGAUGCUAACACCAAUUUGUUGCUGGGUAAUUGAACCCGUGGCUUCAGAAAUGCUAGGGUGAAGAACAUCUAAAAUGCAGUGAUCAAAGCCAAUGGUCUCUAGUGUCUAUGGAGGACAAAUGGGCAGGACUUUGCUUCUUGGCUCCAUGUACUGCUUACUGCUUAGUAGGCAUCUCUGUAAAUCCAAAAUGUGUGAUCAUACAUCACGAAAGCCUUUGCUUUAACUUUCAACACUUAGAUUUGCCAACAUUCAGACCUACUCUGUAUUGCUCUUCAUGUCGGUCUACAAGUUAUGAUGCCUGAAACCACAGAAAUGGAGGAAAGAGGAUGAAAAGCGCAUAUUUGCACCUUAGCCGUAUGGCUCUUUUGGUUAAUUUGUAUUUUCCCUAUGUAACUCAUGUGUUUGUAUGUGUGCUUGUCACUUCUCUUCGUGUCUUUAAUCGCCCUACGAAAUGAAACCAAAUAGGCUGUUUGUUUCCUGUGGGUCUCAGCUUUUACGGACCCAAUGUUACUCCUUUAUAUUUACUUGAGUAAUGUUUGAUUGUCUGUGAGCCAUUCCAGCAUAAGCUGUGAGUAUCUAUUAGCAGAUAUAUACAGUUCUAUUUUUAUAAUCCACAGUGAUAUGCCUGUUUUAAAGAAUGUACGUAAGAAGCCCACCAAGAAAGCCCGCAGACAGCCCCUUUCUGCUGUUCCCGCAGACUGUGUUUAUGAAAGUUGCUAAGGCCAACUCCGUGCUUGGAGAAGAACUAGCCAUGUUUUCUUUGCAGGUGAAAGUAACUUUUCAGUAGCAUUUGUUAUUGUAACCUACAGUGUGCGUGUGCACUUGUGUUUCUGUUUCUUACAUGUACAUGGGGUAGACAGAAGUGAAUGUUCAUACAUGUUUGCUUGUGUACUCAACUAAGGCGUGGUUUUUUUAUGUGAAGAACGCAGAAUGAAACUAGCUGCUGAGACUGAGUAUCUGCCCUCCCGUGUAGAGCACAAGCCACACUGCUGGGAAUGCUAAUGGCUGUUGCGGUUGGCAGAACACUCAGUGUCUCCCCUGAUGUGAGUGCCCUUAUGAAUGUGUUCUGAGCCAGAAGGAAGCCCACUGUGUGCUUGUACGCACUUUAGCCUGUGCCCCCAUGUGGUGGGGCAUCCUAAGCUGUACCUUGCACUGUAGCUUGGGACCUGACAGGCAUGUGGCAUGGCAGUGGCUCUGUAUGGUUCCCAUCACAGCUGCAUCUACAUGACAUGGAGUGGUGAUUGAGGGGCAGAGCUCAUGGGAGGACGCACUGCAAGAUGACCUCUGCUUCACUCUUGUUCUAGUUCAGUCAGGUGGUGUUCUCUGUUGCUGCUAAAUUACAAUGGUUCCUCACUCUGAUGAGGCAGAAACUUGGCUUCCAAGCAAGAAGUGUUUGCUAAGGACUGGCGGUUGAUGAGGCAGUUAUCAGUCUUCAGUCGUGUCCGACCUUUCCACAUUGUGACUUGAAGCCUGGGAACCGAGUGUUGGAAGUGAGUUUACAGUUUUGUGCCAGGACACAUUCCUAGCUGUUCUGAGGCCUGCGCGGCCUGCACACAAUGGUUCAGACAUGGCUGGCAGGUUUUCUGUGAGGUGGAACAUGAGAUGGAUCUCUUGGCAGGCAGGCAUUUAAACAGAUGCCUCCUCUCAACUCAAGAUCCCUUGAUCUCAAGCUUUAGACUUAGAUAGCAUGUUAGGGGUGUGUGACCACUGACAGACCACUAGCCCAGCUUGCUGGGGUUCUCUGAGUUUAAGAAAAAUGGGCAUUUAAGGAUGUUUAAUGUCUUCUUAUGACCAUAAAUGUAGACAAAGGAUUGUUGAUAUUCGGGCCCUUAAGAAUUUAAGUGUUUUAAAUAUAGUGUUCAGACUGUGCUGGGCGUGUUUCUGCCAGCUGGUCCACUCAGUCAUAUAUUUUCACUGCAGAACAGCCCAUGACUUUAUGUUGCUUUGUUCAGUAACUUUUGAAUUCUCUAGAAAUGUUAUUUUGAAAGCAAACAUUCCAGAAUGAAUGUCUGCGCUAUGCUUGAAGACUCCGCAGGUUCUAACUGCAACCGCAGGGUCACCCCAAAGAGGUGGGCUUGGAGCGAAAGCUGAUUGCACUUUGGGUCUAUUCGUGUGCCUGUAUCGCUCUAGUGUUGUGAACUGGUCAGACCAAGAGAAUGGCCCUUGGUGUUUGAAGGGGACGUGUCUGUUGAUUGCCCUGGGACCUGUGCCGGCCCUUCUUCCUCAGAAGCCUGAGAUCCACUCACUGGUCCUGAUUCCAACAGCUGGAGCAUCUCCAUGUCCAUUGCCAUUCAGGGACGCUAUGUGCUGGCUGCACAUCCUUCCCAGAGGACAACAAGCAGGGACGGAGCCCUGGGCCAUUGUCCGGGGCAGGAAGAGGCCUUGUGCCUCAGUCAGCAGAGCCCAUCUCCUUUUUCUUUUUAUCUCAGAGAGUAAGGAGAAAGUAUAUUUGUGAAUUCACACCAAGCCGACUCUAUCAUUUUAGAAUCCACUUCCCACAGAUUGGAGCAACUGGUGCAAUAUGGAAUUGAUUUGGUCUGGUCAACUUUUAGGCUGUAGCUGAAGUUCUUAAUUUGUUUUCUGUCUUAUCUAAAAUACUUUGUGAUACUGAAUCAGAGCAGAGCCUUUCAGCAGCCAUCCGUCACUAUUUGCUGUGGACAGUGCUUAGCAUCUCCAUCUAGAAUUUAUCAUCUUUGAGCUGCGAUGGCUUUGCUUUGGCUGCUUAUAUAAAAAAAUACAGAUUAAACUGGGCUUCACUUUUAGUUAAAGGCAAGUAAAAUUAACAAAAAAUAAAUAUAUUUCACAUAAAUCAGCUGCAUGUUGUUACAAAUAUUAAAAUACAUAUUUUGUUUUUUAAAGAUGAGAGAUAAUUAAACCACAUGGUAUUUGGGGGCAAUGAAGGAUGUUUUUCUCAGAAGAGCAUUGUACAAUUAUAUUUUUUAUGAUAAAUAAAGUAUAUUCACCAAACUCA